CCCACAGAGGGCCCACCCGCUUUUUAGGCUGGGAAGCCAGCGAAGGCUGAUGACGUAAUUAAGGACGUAAAUAAGGACCAAAUCCUUACACAGCCCAGUGCAAUUUUUUAUAAAAGAGUUGUUAUUAGGAAAAGUGGUCAAGGUUAAGGAAGAGAAAUAGUUUAUCUCUGUGUUGAUUUCAAUCACAUUUUGUCGCUUCCAACAUUAUGGUGCUAAGAGGGAUUAUGAUGUUAAGAGCAGGAUCAGAUAUUAUGUGCUGUGAUCCACUAGUAAUGUCUGCAGGGGUUGUAGGAAGCAGUAGUAGCCAUCUUGAUCUAAUUCCCACCGGCCAUGAAAGUGAGGUGCUAGGUUUACUGUUGCCCUGUGUGCUUGGUUGCUUUUGACUGGAGAAAGGCAUAGCACGACUUGGGCUUUUUAUGCACAGUCUCAUGCAAACCCCAGGGAGAAAUGCCUCUAGUGAUAGGCUGUCAAGUCACCCCAGAGAAUGUCACAUAUUAUGACAGACCACCCUUUGCCUCAACACACAUACAGACUUGUGUCUCUCUUGUAAGGAUAAUGCAAUUUUCCCAAGUUCCUGCCCUGAGAAAAUUCCUCCCAGAGUCCUGGGAAAGACACAACAUAUGGUGAGGGGUACCUGAGGGAAAAGAAUCUACUUACACUAUGUUCUUUUGUCUGUUAACUUUAUUCCUUUAUGACAAAACUCUAUCUAUACAGCUUUAGUUCUGUCCUGAGUCUCAGUUUCUCUUUGUACCUACUUUUCCUGUCCCCUCAUAGCCCUGGUAAUAACUAAGUCCUUAUGCUUUUGGUCUCAUCUUCGUCCUCUGUUCCUUCAUCCUUCAUCUAUCCUUCCUGGCUCCUUACCCCUGGCCCUGAUAAACUCUACCAGAGAUCUGCUUUACCCUCUACAGAAUCUCUCUGUCUUCCUCUCCUCUCUCUGGCCAUGCAAUUCUAUGUCUGCCUCUGGAAUUCCCUUCAGUCCAUACUGCACCUGGUUAUGCAAAAAGCCCUAUUGUCCUCAGUCAAUCUCUCUGCCAUGCCCCUAGGUUUGAAGGAAGGGGAUGGUCUGAGCUUCAUUUGCACAAGAAGCAAAGCUAUACAUGGACAGCCUGCUUGUCUCCUAGGCUCAGCAGGGGAGUUAGUUACCUAGGGGUUAAGCAGAACUGUUUGCCAAAUGGUCUGGGAGUAUUUGGGUAUGCAAGAAUUUCAUAGCAGAAGACAGCUGAAAUAUUAAGGCUGUAUAACACCAAAUAUUUUAUGAUAAAUGGCUUCCCAUUUGAUGGCCCCUUGGCUGGUCAAAGUAUAGCUUUAAUACGCAGCUGAUAUAUUCUAUAAUAUAGUCUUGCAGCCCGCAAGACUCUUGUACCUUAAGUGACAGUCAGAAGGUACUAGAUAUGAGGAUUUAUGAUUAUUUAGUUUCUCUCCCCCCAUCUUUUUUAUUUUAUGUAGAAAGAAACUAAGCUCAAGACAUUUAGCAAGUUUAAACUUUACAGGGGAAAUCUGUUUCUUCCAUAAUUCAAGAAUAUUCUAUCAGUGUUGAGGCACUGAGGUAGCUACAUGCUCAGAGCAAGGACCAGCACCUCCCACAGCCCCAUCCAUCCCCUGUGCUAGAAACACGCCCUGCUGAGUCAUAGCUUCCCCACCAAUUAAGUGGGGAUAUGGCCACCUGCUCUGCCUAUUCCCUGGGAUUGUGGCAAGGCUCAAAAAAGAUCAGAGACAAAUGAGGAAAGCAUUGGCAACACACACAAGAUUACUAAAACCUUUGACAUAUGAAAGUUCCUAAAAUAGAAAAAAAAAAAAUACGUGAGAAAGGACAAGGGGUAUGAAGAUGAGAACUGUGAGUGGCCAGAAAGACGUCCAACUUCACAGGGAAGCCACAGCCAUGACACCUCAACAAUACAGUUGCCCAAACGAAACCUGAACAAUGACAGUGAACAUGCUGACUCGGAAGGGGGACAUCUCACAGUGUCCCACCCCUAGACAGAGAAUUACAGGCAACUAAUGAGUGACAUUGAAAGUGGGAGAAUUAGUCUCUCCCAGAGCUGAGCCCCUUAGUUGGCUAUUGAAUGCAAAGUGGCUAGCCUUGGAAACAUAUGCACACAAGCAACACCAAAUGGACUUAGUGGGUUGUGUAUAUGUACUUAUAUAUGUAACAAUAAUGAAGAAAAAGACGCCAUCAGUUUGAGAUAGAGGUAGACGUGGGAGGGGUUGAUGGAGGAAAGGAAAGUGGGGAAAGUGAUAUCAUUGGAUUUUAAUUAAAAUUUAAACUUUUAAAUAAUAAAAUCUUGAAAAAAGAAAAGAUGCAAAUAAAAUUUGAGAGAUUUUGCCACUUCACAGAGACCUAGUUGCUGCCAGAUUUUUUUUCGGUGUGGUUGGAUAAUCUUGGAUUCUGUCUUUUCCUCCUCAUACCCCUCAAUCCUGCUCUGAACUCCGGCUGGGAGACCCCUUAGGUUCCAUCUUGGGAGAAUGGAAGAAAGAAUCUGUCUCCAGUUGGCUCCUGUGUAUGAUGGCCUCUGCCAGGUCAACAGAUGUGAGCUCCCAACUGUUCCUGCCACCAAGCCUUUGCUCUGCCAUCAUGGAUUCUGAUCCUCUAAAGCCAUAAGCCUCAAAUUAAAUGCUUUCUUUUAUAAGUUGCAUAGGACAUGGCAUUUUAUUACAGCAAUACUAAAAUAACUAAAAUACCUUCUUUUGGGGUAAAAAGGAGCAAGUAGAAAUAGAUACUUUGUUUCUCCUUUCUUGCACCAAAAUCUGCACUUUUAUGCACUGUUCUGGACUUCUCUCUUUUUUACUUUUUCAUUGCCGAGAAAUUGUGGAGAUUAAUUCACAUCAGCUCAUAGAGAUAUUUCUAAUUCCAUUAUGGAACCAUCAUAAAUUAUGGCACAAAUCAUCUAAUCAGUUGUGUAUUAAUGAGCAUUUGUGCUGCUUCCAAUCUUUUAUUGUGGAAAUGGUGUCCCAGUAAGCAGCCUGGCCACUCUGGAGUCAUGGCUCAGCAGUCAAGAGCCCUGACUGCUCUUCCAGAGGAAGUUCAGUUCCCAGACCCACAUGUCAGCUAACCAUCAUCUGUAACUCCAGUUCCAGGGGAUCUGAAGUCCUUUUCUGGCCUCUGGGAACUGCACAGAUGUGGUAUGCAGACAUAUUCAGGCAAAACACACACAUACACACACACACACACACACACACACACACACACACACACACACACACACACACACACACACAUAUAUAUAUAUAAUAAAAGUAAAAAAAAUCUCAAAACAAACAAACAAAAAUAAAAAACCCCAAAUAUACAAGUAGCUUAUGCUGAGUUAGUUAGUUAGUUUGCUUUGUAUUUGUGGAGAUGUAUCUUUGGAAUAGUUCCAAAGUGAUUUUUCUGGGCCAACAGGAUACCACAUACCUACUUUUAUUUCUUUGGCUGGUUUAAUAUUUUCCCAGAUUCUCCUCCAUACUGUUUUUCACCAACCAGAAACCUGUGUCUAUUCUCUGCUUGCCAACAAAUUAAAUUGGUAGUGUUCAGAUUUUCUUUUGUCUAAUUGGGCAUGAUUUAAUAUGACUUUCUUUUUUUAAGAAGAUAAACAUUUUUCAUGUUUAAAGGCCACAUGCAUGUAUAUAUAUCUUUUGUAUAAAUCCUUCUGUUUGUUGACUUACCAUUUGCUUCUAGUUAAAAGGGUUUUUGUCUCUUUUUUCUUAAUUUCUAAGAACUAUCUAUAUAUUAAGGACACAGUGUCUGCUACAUCAUCUGUCAUCUUGUUCAUGAUUGAUUACUAUGCACCUGAAUUCAUACCCCCAGUAAUAUCAAAUACCAUUGCCUAUGAUCUAAAUAUGCCUUUAUGAGGUAUAUUAAAAUAUUUUAUUAUAUUUUGCCAUUUGUUGUUUGAUUGUGCCAAUUUUGUUUGCCAUAGAUCUUUGAAAAUUGUCAUGAUGAUAAAUUCAACAUAUUUUUUUUGCUUCCCUCACCCUGCAGGGGGAGCAUUUGAGGUCAUAGGAUCCCUAGACCUUUCAAUCAUACCCCCAGCCCCACCCAGGUAAACCUGAGCAUAGGGGUCCCCAAGCUCUACCUCCUCCUUCUUCUUUUUCAGGAACCCUCUCUAGGGGAUUUGCUGCCUCAACCCACACUGGGUCAGAACUGGGGGAGGGUGUUCCAGCCCUAACCCUGGACCUGUCUUUUGGAGUAAAAUGUAUGGUUGUUUUUUUGGUUUUGUUUUUGUUUCUUUUAGGAUGUUUUGAGACAAUCUCUUUACAUAGCCCUGACUAUUCUAGAACUCACUAUGUAGACCAGGCUGGCCUAGAACUCACAGAGAUCUGCUUGCCUCUGCCUCCUGAGUGUUAGGAUUAAAGAUGUGAACCACCAUGCUUGGCCUUGCUCUCAACACCCAAGGUAACUGUUAACACAUGCAGGAGGGAAGGGGCUGAGUUAGAGACAGAAUCUAAGGAUUUAUUGGGGUCUUCCAUGGGAGGUCACAUGAGCAGAUGAUUUAAAAAGAAGUAGCUUUCCCCCUAGAUUUUUAUCUGGGUCCCCCCACCUUCUCUCCUCACCAUCAUGAGAUUGCCUGAGCCCUAAGGACCCUGCAGACUGGACGAAGGCAUAUGGGAAAUCACGUUUCCAGUCUCUACCCAAGGUCUGGCUCUUAAACCUCAACAUUUGGCUCCUGCCCCAGAUGACUGGAGGGGAGGGAGAAGUGGGAGAGAGGGGAGAAGGUAGUAGCUUGAGCUAGCCCCAGGAACCCAGGGAAGGUCUUAGCACGGAUUGAGUUUGCCUCCUUCCCUGCUCUGAUUCAGGACAGACAGGUGAGGCACUGAGACUGCUCCCCAGGACACUACAGUAGCCCUGUCAGAACACAUGUAUCCUGAAUCUUUCUGCUCGGAAUGUCGAGACAGCAGGCAGGGAUCAUAAAAGAAUCACCCAGGUUUCCCUUAGUGCUUGUUUCUGUCUUUACAUUUGGACCUGACACAUAGUUCAUUCUGAUGUGUGGUGUGAGGUCCGCUUCUGGACUGUUCUCUUUUUCCGGAUGGCCGUAGGGUGUCCGAGCACUGCUUAUUAGAGUCCAUCCUGGUCCUGAGAUGCUUCUGUCUUCACUCUCAGCUUUCCACAGACAUCUCCAGAGGUCGGUCUAGAUUUUCUUUCAUGUCCCUUUGUCUGUGUUCAUGCCCAGUAUGACUCUAUUGUGUGUGGACUGUGGCAUGUUUUGUUUGCUUCAUUUUUAUUUUUGCUAUUUAUUGAUUAUUUACAGAAUCUCACUGUGUUGACCUGAUGGCUUGGAACUCACGACUCAGUAGGAAGAACAGGUUGGCCUCAGACUCAGAGACAGGGAUCCUACCUCUGCCUCUUGAGUGCUGGGAUUAAAGGUGCUGCCACACCGGGCUGUGGAUUGUGUUCUAGUCAUUGCAAUGGCAUCCUGUGACUUCUCUCUCCUUUGUUUUGUUGUUGUUGUUGUUGUUUAUCAUUCAUGUCUGAAAUUUGGGAUUGACUUUCAAGCUCCAGGGGAAAAGAGUUGGAAUUUUCUUGGAAUCUUGUCAUAUUAGCCUGGAGAUGGCUGGUAUUUAUGGUGUGGAGUCAUUCCCUCCUGUAGCAACACUUGUACAUAGGUUUUUGCACACACCAAAACACACAUCAGUUUUUCUUUAAGUUUUUGGGUUUUUUUGGCCCCUAUACCCAUUGCUGUGGGUCUCCUGUCGUCAAACUGCUCAUUCAGACUUUGUCCUCUCAACUUCUUGGGUGCUUCUAAGAUCUGAGCAGAUGGAAAGAUUUCUCUAAGUGAAACCUAUGUUAUCCUCCAAAUUAAAGGCUGCCUUAGUUAGGAUUGCUAUAGCUGUGAUGAAACACCAUGACCAAGGCAACUGAUAAGAAAAAGCAUGAAUUUGGGGCUUGUUUAUAGUUUCAGAAGGUGAGUCCGUGAUCAUCAUGGUGGGAAGCAGGCAGCAGGCAGGCGUGUAUGGUGCUGGGUCAGUAGCUGAGAGCUUACAUCCUGAUCCACAGGCAGGAGGCAGAGCGAGAGUGAGAGACUGGCUGUGGGGUAGGCUUUUGAAACCUCAAAGUCCACCCCCAGUGACACACCUCCUCCAACAAGGCCACACCUUCUAAUCCUUCUCAAAUAGUGCCACUACCUGGGGACUGAGCAUUCUAACAUAUGAGCCAACGGGGGCCAUUUUCAUUCAAAGCACCACCAGAGGUAUGAUUGAAACCUUAACUGCCCCCUUCUCCACUGACUAUCUUUCUUCCCGAGUCCUGCUGUCACAGUGCCAUUUGUUUUCCAUCGUGGCAUUGGUAACCUGGUGACACCUUUGAUCUCUUUCCUCCAUGCCUGCCUAUUGCCAAUGGGCUGCCAUCUUCUCCCUUCUGUACGGCACUGCCUGUACCUUUUAUUGUUACUGCCGAAUCUCCUGGCAGGGCCUUACCUCUAUGCAAGCAGCUUUUCUUAGAAUCUCUUUUCUCCUGUCCUGGGAGAGCAUUCUCAUCCACUUCCAUCAGGGCACUGCACGCUCCCAACCACACGAGCCCCAUCAAUCUUUUCAGUCCAGCAGACUUGUGAUGGUAGCUGUCAUCUCCUCUGAGCCCGCUGAAUGUCACAGACCCAACAAACGCCUUCCCCUCCAGUCUUGUCCUUCUAUUUUACCGGUGUGUGUGACAUCAUAGCCUUAUGGGGGUCACUUUUCAGCACCAGCUCUGUCUCUGACAGAUUAAGAGUUGACAUUUUCUAGAAGCUUCUCCUGAUCCGUUUUGCAGGUAGUCCAGCUUGUGUCAUGAUCUCCGAAUCACCUGUCUCCGCUCUCUUCCCACUGAGUUAAUGAGGUAUUUUAUAGCCUGGCUUUGACAUUCUAAUUCCAAGCUGGUUGCUUGCUGGCUGCAUACCCCAAGCUGGUAUCUUUUCCUUCCCUGUGUUCCAGCUUCCUUUGCAAUCCUCAACAGGCAUGCCAGUACCUCCCGCAUAGUAUUUAUAUAAUUUGGCUUGCCAAAUCUUCAGAGCAGUGCCCCAAAGAGACUGAAAGUGCCAGUCGGUUUUACUCUUGCAUUCAUAGUUAGUACUUAGAAUAAGUUAUAUGAUGGAAGGCAGAUGAACUUUUAUUACAUUGGCAGAAUAGGGAGACUUUAAAAACUAUGUUUUGGAUGUAUUAAUUUUUGGAAUAGGGCAGUAGAAAAGUUGUAAAAAGGCAAAUCAUGCCGGGCGGUGGUGGCGCACGCCUUUAAUCCCAGCACUCGGGAGGCAGAGGCCGGCGGAUCUCUGUGAGUUCGAGGCCAGCCUGGGCUACCAAGUGAGUCCCAGGAAAAGCGCAAAGCUACACAGAGAAACCCUGUCUCGAAAAACCAAAAAAAAAAAAAGGCAAAUCAUAUCCCUCCUCCAUCUCUUCAGCCAUGUGCUUCUCCUUCCAAAGGAAGGGAGAAUUCCGAGGCUUCAGUAGCUGUUUAUUGCCGAGUGAUGAUUUCCCCCGGACUACAGCUCUCUAGGGUCUGCUUAUUUCUCAUUCCCUGAAAGUUUCCUCUUUCUUGUCUUUUUUGGCCUUGCUCUUCCCCUCAAUAGAACACAUUCCCCCAAACAUCCUCUUCAUUAAUUCUAUCCCUACCACUCACAUAUGCAUGCGGGAUAGGUUCUAAGACCCUAGGGGGUGCCUGAAGCCACAGGAGGUGCCUAACCUGACAGGAAGUACACUUUCCACUAUCUGUACACAUCUGUGAUCAGUGGAACCCAUAACCUGGUACAAGCAGACAUCAACAGCAGUACAAAUAAAGUCAGUUUAUUACACUAAACGGUAAUAAUGAAUUGUGUGCAUGUGGUCUCCGUCUUCUGAAAAUCCAGACAAGAUCAGGUGUGAUGGUACAGGCCUCAAUCACAGGAGGCAGAGGCAGUAGGGGUGGCUCGGUGCAAAGCAGUUCUCCUUACAUAGAGAGGUCCUGUUUUAAAAGGAAAAAGAUCCCAGCCGAACACUAUAGUAAAACUUUCAGACAGCGGUCCCCCUAGAGUAACAGGAAGCAUGGGGAAUAAUGGGGUCAGGGGAGCUUCUGUACCUACCCUGCUCCAGGUCUGAGUGUGCUUCUUCACCAAAUAACCUUUCACUGCCUUCUUGGUACCUGUUUUGUCCAGCUAGAAGUCGCUGCUAUCACACUUGAGUUCAUAGUCACAAGUGCCUUUUGAUGCCACUCACCAUCUUGUCUGACACAAUUAGGGUUAAUAUCUUAUCCUCUUCCCACCCCAAGAGACAGAGACCUCCUUGAAGACAGAGACACUUCUCUCCAUAGGUCCUCCACCUUGCACUCUUUGGUUCUAUGCCAUGUAUGUAAAACAUGCUCAGUGUAUGUUUCCAUCACUCAAAGAUGCAAUCAAAAAUCAGAUGGAAGAGUGUUCUAUAAAACCGAAGAGGUAUAGCCACAAAGUACCCCAAAGAAGAUUCAUUUCUAAUGUCAGGGAGAAGAGAUCUACAAUGGGGUGAAUUUAUGGGCUGUGAGAGUGGAAAAUAUGGACUAAAAGAAAUGAUACAGGAAUUAUCGUUCAUUUUAUUAGGUGGAAAUUGCCCUUAUCUUUAGGAGAUGAUAAUAAAAAGUGAAGGUUCCCAUCUGCUGCUACUUAUUUGCAGAUACACAGCAAAAUGAGAGAAAGGGAGAAAAAGAAGAUGAAGAGAAGAAGGGAAAGGGGAGGAGGAAAAAGAGGAGAAAGAGAAAGAAGAGGAGGAGAGAGAGGAAGAGGGAGAGGAGUGGGUAGGCAGAGGAGGAAAAUGGGCAGAAGAACAGAGCAAACUGGCCAAGCAUCCACUGUGUGGCCCUUGCCCAUGCGAAAUCAUUUGUGAUGCCUCGAACUUACCUGUACACUGAAAAAUGUUUCAAUAAUAGCAACAAAACAAAACAGAGAAAGCAUAUACUGUCAACUUGAACUGAAGGAAGAGCUUUGGCCUCUCUUUGCUUGAAUUCCUUCCUGGCUCAGGGCCUCUACCUUUCACCUCAGAACCAGGGAAUGGUUUUGGACUAGAAUAAUGAAGUUCCUCAUUUCCAGUGACACCUAAUCCCCCUCACAGUGGGACGUGGAGAAGGCACUUGAUCCAGGAGCCAUGUGCUCACUGAAGCUGACUUCAUGCUCUGGCACACAGUGGUCCCGGGAAUGCUGCUGCAUGGCCCGGAGCCCCAGCAUCCACUGUGGGUUCAGACAUCAAACAGGAGGCAGAAAGCCAGGGAGGAAGCAGCUAGGCAUCCCAGGGCCGGUGGCGAGCACCUGACCUCCUGAGCCUGCCUGCAUUCCUGAGACACACUUCAUUUUUUCCCAGCUUCUAAGGGAUAAAUGAAGCCCUGGGCUCCGGCUGUGGGGAUUAGCUCUGCCUGUGUGACGGCUCAAAGAACAAGGGUUUCUCUGUUCCCAAGAGAUGGCUAAUAAUAUACUAUAUGUCAUCUGUCCCCUGUUUAUCAGAGGAAGAAUUCCAUGCCAAGAGAGUGUCCAGUUUGCCCCAGAAAGCUGCCUCUUCUGGUGGCAAAAAUAUUCUUAUCUCUAAGACUUUCUCUUUAUAUAGACACCUUAAAAUAUAUUGUCUGAUAUCAUUCCCUCUCUGCAGCUCAGUAAACACAUAUUCAGAAUAAUCCACUCAAGCUUACCACUUAGAAAGGCAGUCAUCUCAUACCGUAAUGCAUUCAAGCAGAGAAGACAGCUUACAUCUGACAAACAUUGGUGUGCCAAAUACUCGAAUGGCCUACGGGAUGCACCUAAUAGUCCGUGAGAUGCGCAUAUCACUCUCAUUUCACAGGUGAGAGAACAGGUCCCGGAAGCACAGUGUCCUAUCCUAUGGUUUGGGUGCGGGUGACUGGGGUAUGCCUAAUUGUCAGCUCCAUGUUCUUCUGUAGUAAGCCAUGCCCACCACCUGAGAAUUUCUGCCUCUUGGUUCCUUCCACACACUCUUUUUUUUUUUUAAAGAUUUAUUUAUUUAUUAUGUACACAGAAGAGGGCGCCAGAUCUCAUUACAGAUGGUUGUGAGCCACCAUGUGGGUGCUGGGAAUUGAACUCAGGAUCUCUGGAAGAACAGUCGGUGCUCUUAACCUCUGAGCUAUCUCUCCAGCCCUCCUUCCACACACUCUUUAAGCUGCUUUCUGGGCCAUGGUGACUGUUGUCAUCCACGUUCCUCACAACUUCUGGAGAAGCAGCCUGAUGCUGCUCUCUUCACGGCCCCUGGAACCUCCCCCUCUCUCCUGCCUCCGAUUCCUUACGUGUAAGGAAGGGUGCUUAGCAAGUGACUUCGUGGAUCUCUCAGUGGGGCAUGUUUGACUCCGUCAUGCUUCCUGCUAGGCUCAGGAUCUACUUGACGGCGUCAAAUGAGUCUGAGGGCAAGAAGAAAGGAUAACUGACUUUAGAAAAGCAGUCAGUGGAAGCAGCCUGUGCAGAGUACUUCUCUUCUGAGUUCUGGAGAUGUGACUGGCUCCAGUUAUGUAGGUAACUGAUGGCUAUACAGGGCAAGUCCCUCCCAACGGGGACUGCAGAUGAUGAGGAAGAACCUGGAGGCACCUAUCUCUCCUCCCGUGUCGACCAAUGUCUGAGAUGUAGCCCCAGCCUCCUGUAUUGUCUUUGGGAGCCUGCUAACUAACAUCUGUUCCCUAAGUGAUGCCUUACUGUCCCAUGUCUGUCUUACCCGUCUCUUCCCAGGACCUGGACAAGAGAUAGCAUGGAAGCUUGGGACAGUGUGUCACUGGGCAGGAAAUUCAGAGCCAGGAGCCCAUGCUCUUUCAGAUAAUGGAUGGACACUUCAAGAAUGACGCUUCAAGAAUGACGCUCCAGUUUGGACAUUUCAGUCCAAACUGGAGCUAGAGGAGCAAUGAGAAGAUGUGACUCCACAGUGGCCUGGGAGGCAGCACAAGGGGUUAUUAGUGAGCCUCAGCAUGCUCUCCAGUCACUUCCCUUGCCUGGCCUCACUGAACAUAUAAAUGUGUGCUGCUCUGAUCUGAAAUUGCCCUAAAACUUGGAAACAAAUCUCUGAGGUCUCUGUGACUCAUUGUCCAUAAUGUGACUUAGGUUAGGGAAAGUCUAUCUUCUGAUUCCAGUGUAUCAUCUUGAAGCAUCCUAGAUAGGGAAGAGCAUACAGAGGGUGUUUAAUAAAUGCUCCUCAUGAAAACUUUUGCAUUGUUUUCUCCCUUCCUCAACUGGCUUCCAUUUCUGAGCUGCGUGUGGGUAGGCUGGGAGGGGACGGUCCUCGUUCUCAAGUGGGAUAUAUUGGCACGCAGUUCUCUAUUAAGUAAACUGCGGAGUGCCCAUUCAGCCACACACCCCAAAGAGUGGGUUAAGAAAGGAACAGCAGAAUGGAAAUGGAAAAAAAAAAUUAAAAUAUACCUUAAUUCUCUUCUUCAUUUUCCAGUCCUGAUUUAGAAAUGACUACAUCUGUUAGACAAUACCCACCCUCCCUUUCUCUGCAGGCCACCACCAUUCCCCUCACCCCCCAUCCCGGCUGGCAGCUGGUCUUUCCUAAUUGGUAAUAUGUCUUGAUAACCACAGGCCCUAAGCAGCUGUCACUGUGAAUUUGGGCUGGUGGCAUAGCUCCCUGUCAUUAACUUGCUUGUUGGUCCUACUGGUGCUUAAGAAAGGAUUAAGUUAAUAAUGAUAGUGAUGGGACAGAAAGCAAAGAGAGGAAAGAGAGGGAAAAGGAGAGAAAAAACACCCUCUAAUUCCAUGGCACAGGUUUUACAGUUGAACUACCCUGACACAACCUUGAGUCGGGAUGAGUCUGGCUCAUAAUCCCAAGCAGAUUUCAACAGGUUCAAUCCUUUUUUUUUUUUUUAUUCAUUGUCUCAUGGGAUAAUAUUUCUAAGUAAAUAGCACAACGGAGUAUCCCCUGUUCCCAAGUGGUAGCAGCUCCCACUGAUUUCCAGGGUGGGAAGGCCUGCAGGAUGGAGUCAGGCGGGGCUUCUAAAGCAAAGACUAUCCCGUUGUAUCAGGUGAAGAAACACCACCCCUGAGUCCAGAGCAAGGCAUCUCAAAUUCCCAGCGUUCUACCGUUGGAAAGAUGGUUUCGGACCCUGCUCAUGUCUAUAUAUACUUUUCCCUUGGCAAUGACAAAAAAAAUACGUGUGGAAGGGGCCAGUCCUCAGCUUGUGGUGUCACUCAUUCUCUUUCCAAAUAUAGAGAAAGAAUGAGCCCGGGGGGUUAGUGGUGGCCUAUAAAAGCCCAGGGGGGUGGCUGCUCCUCUGUGGCUCACUCUGUCGUGCUCAGAGGUAAGUGGCAGUACUUUCCUUGUACCUCUUUUGACCUUUGCUGCUUCCACACCAGGUUCAGCCACUGCUCUGGGCUGUGGCCCUGCCUGGCUUUGUCACAUAAGGUGGCCCUCAUUUCUCUUCUCAAGGUGUUCUCAAAGAACAUGUGUGGAGUGAGAUGUGAGGCUCAGUCCCCAGCUGCCUGCUGCCUCGAGCAGGUCAUCAUCACUGGGGUCCUACUCUCUCCUCUCACUCUCUCUUUCUUCUGCUUGGGAAGGAACCUGUUGGACACAUGUGGGCCUGUCCGCCAUGGCUUGACGGUCUCCUGCUGCCUCUCUGAUCCACGGAGUGGGCAGAGGACUCUGCGCUUCCUAUCUGGACUCUAUACCUGUUGGGUGUUUAGUUGCCUCAAGACCACAUGCUGGGGUCACCAAGUUUAAAUUAGCCAAUCUCAGCAUUGUCUCUGAUCACAGACAAUGAGGAGGCCUGACCUCACCUGGUAACAGAAGCUUUUAUUGGCAGGGCCUCAGUCCAUGUAGAAUCCUUGUCCUAUUCAUGUUGGAUGAUCUUGCAGUUUGAAGAAACUGUCAGAGUGGGCUGGGAGAGCCAGCCUGCCAGGGAGUUGGCAGCUCUACCUAGCUAGAGGCCAUGACCUGUCUGCUCCUCCAGCUUGUCUCAGGGUUAAAGGCUCUUUAUAACGGUCUAGGCCUUUGUGUGUGUAAAUUGAGUCUCAUCAAGAUCUGGUUCAACACAGAAGCAGACAUCACGCAUCUCUAAACUUUUCUGUGUGCAUGCUGUUGCAGACAUCACAACUCUCAAAGUUUCUCUGUGUGCGUGCUGUUGCAGGUCCUGUAGCUCCACAGCUGCUGCUGUUUUCUGCUGUCCUGUGAGUGUGACUCAGCUGACGCCAUGAGUAGCGACUCUGAGAUGGAAGUGUUCGGCAUAGCUGCACCUUUCCUCCGCAAGUCGGAAAAGGAGAGGAUUGAAGCCCAGAACCAGCCCUUUGAUGCCAAAACCUAUUGCUUUGUGGUUGACUCAAAGGAAGAAUAUGUCAAGGGGAAAAUUAAGAGUAGCCAGGAUGGGAAGGUCACCGUGGAGACGGAAGACAACAGGACCCUGGUGGUUAAACCGGAGGACGUGUAUGCCAUGAACCCCCCCAAGUUCGACAAGAUCGAGGACAUGGCCAUGCUCACUCACCUGAACGAGCCCGCCGUGCUGUACAACCUCAAGGACCGCUACACGUCCUGGAUGAUCUACACCUACUCGGGCCUCUUCUGCGUCACUGUCAACCCCUACAAGUGGCUGCCGGUGUACAACCCUGAGGUGGUGGCGGCCUACCGAGGCAAAAAGCGCCAGGAGGCCCCGCCCCACAUCUUCUCCAUCUCUGACAACGCCUACCAGUUCAUGCUGACGGAUCGUGAAAACCAGUCGAUCCUGAUCACUGGAGAAUCCGGGGCCGGGAAGACUGUGAACACCAAGCGGGUCAUCCAGUACUUUGCAACAAUUGCAGCCACUGGUGACCUCGCCAAGAAGAAGGACUCCAAAAUGAAGGGGACGCUGGAAGAUCAAAUCAUCAGCGCCAACCCCCUGCUGGAGGCCUUUGGCAACGCCAAGACCGUGAGGAACGAUAACUCCUCCCGCUUUGGCAAAUUCAUCCGCAUCCAUUUCGGCACCACUGGGAAGCUGGCCUCUGCAGACAUUGAAACUUAUCUGUUGGAAAAAUCCAGAGUCACCUUCCAGCUGAAGGCUGAGAGGAGCUACCACAUCUUCUACCAGAUUCUUUCCAACAAGAAGCCUGAGCUGAUUGAGUUGCUGCUGAUUACAACCAACCCUUAUGACUACCCGUUCAUCAGCCAGGGUGAAAUCCUGGUGGCCAGCAUUGACGAUGCCGAGGAACUGUUGGCUACAGAUAGUGCCAUUGACAUCCUGGGCUUCACCCCAGAGGAGAAAUCUGGACUGUAUAAACUGACCGGGGCUGUGAUGCAUUAUGGGAACAUGAAGUUCAAGCAGAAGCAGCGAGAAGAGCAGGCUGAGCCGGAUGGCACCGAAGUGGCCGACAAGACAGCCUACUUGAUGGGCCUGAACUCUUCAGACCUCCUCAAAGCCUUGUGCUUUCCCAGAGUGAAAGUCGGGAACGAGUAUGUUACGAAGGGCCAAACUGUGGACCAGGUUCAUCAUGCGGUGAAUGCACUCUCCAAGUCUGUUUAUGAAAAGCUCUUCCUGUGGAUGGUCACUCGGAUAAACCAGCAACUAGAUACGAAGCUCCCAAGACAACACUUCAUUGGGGUUUUGGACAUUGCGGGUUUUGAAAUUUUUGAGUAUAACAGCCUGGAGCAGCUGUGCAUCAACUUCACCAACGAGAAACUGCAACAGUUUUUCAACCACCACAUGUUCGUGCUGGAGCAGGAGGAGUACAAGAAGGAAGGCAUUGAGUGGACGUUCAUUGACUUCGGGAUGGACCUGGCCGCCUGCAUCGAGCUCAUCGAGAAGCCGAUGGGCAUCUUCUCCAUCCUGGAAGAGGAGUGCAUGUUCCCCAAGGCGACAGACACCUCCUUCAAGAACAAGCUGUAUGACCAGCACCUGGGAAAAUCCAACAACUUCCAGAAGCCUAAGGUGGUCAAAGGCAAGGCCGAGGCCCACUUCUCCCUGAUUCACUACGCGGGCACCGUGGACUACAGCGUCUCAGGCUGGCUGGAGAAGAACAAGGACCCCCUGAAUGAAACGGUAGUGGGGCUGUACCAGAAGUCCUCCAACAGACUCUUAGCGCAUCUCUAUGCCACCUUCGCUACAACAGAUGCUGACAGUGGGAAGAAGAAAGUCGCUAAGAAAAAAGGCUCUUCCUUCCAAACGGUCUCUGCACUUUUCAGGGAAAACCUGAACAAGCUGAUGUCCAAUCUCAGAACCACCCAUCCCCACUUUGUGCGCUGUAUAAUACCCAAUGAGACCAAGACCCCAGGGGCCAUGGAGCACAGCCUGGUCCUGCAUCAGCUCAGGUGUAACGGGGUCCUGGAAGGCAUCCGCAUCUGCCGGAAGGGGUUCCCCAACAGGAUCCUGUAUGGGGACUUUAAACAAAGAUAUCGAGUACUGAAUGCCAGUGCCGUCCCAGAGGGCCAGUUCAUUGACAGUAAGAAAGCUUGCGAGAAGCUCUUGGCUUCCAUUGACAUCGACCACACACAGUACAAAUUUGGACACACGAAGGUGUUCUUUAAGGCUGGCUUGCUUGGAACGCUGGAAGAGAUGCGGGAUGACCGCUUGGCCAAAUUGAUCACUCGGACUCAAGCUGUGUGCAGAGGGUUUCUCAUGCGUGUGGAAUUCCAGAAGAUGAUGCAAAGGAGGGAGUCCAUCUUCUGCAUCCAGUACAACAUCCGCGCCUUCAUGAACGUCAAGCACUGGCCCUGGAUGAAGCUCUUCUUCAAGAUCAAGCCCCUGCUGAAGAGCGCAGAGACUGAGAAGGAGAUGGCCACCAUGAAGGAAGAGUUCCAGAAAACCAAAGAUGAACUCGCCAAGUCGGAGGCAAAGAGGAAGGAGCUGGAGGAAAAGCUGGUCACCCUGGUGCAAGAGAAGAAUGACCUGCAGCUUCAAGUACAGGCUGAGAGUGAAAAUUUGUUGGACGCCGAGGAACGGUGCGACCAGCUGAUCAAAGCCAAAUUCCAACUGGAGGCCAAAAUCAAGGAGGUGACAGAGAGAGCUGAGGAUGAGGAGGAGAUCAACGCUGAGCUGACCGCCAAGAAGAGGAAGCUGGAGGAUGAAUGCUCAGAGCUGAAGAAAGACAUCGACGACCUGGAGCUGACACUGGCCAAGGUUGAGAAGGAGAAGCAUGCCACAGAGAACAAGGUAAAAAACCUUACUGAGGAACUGGCCGGGUUAGACGAAACCAUUGCAAAGCUAACACGGGAGAAGAAGGCCCUCCAAGAGGCCCACCAGCAGACCCUGGAUGACCUCCAGGCUGAAGAAGACAAGGUCAACUCUCUGAGCAAGCUCAAGAGCAAGCUGGAGCAGCAAGUGGAUGAUCUGGAGAGUUCCCUAGAACAAGAAAAGAAGCUACGUGUGGACCUGGAAAGGAACAAGAGGAAGCUGGAGGGAGAUCUGAAGCUCGCCCAGGAGUCCAUAUUAGAUCUGGAGAAUGACAAGCAGCAGCUGGAUGAGAGGCUCAAGAAGAAGGACUUUGAAUACAGUCAGCUGCAGAGCAAAGUGGAGGACGAGCAGACAUUGAGCCUCCAGCUUCAGAAGAAAAUCAAAGAGUUACAGGCUCGCAUCGAGGAGCUGGAGGAAGAGAUAGAGGCAGAGAGAGCCACCCGGGCCAAGACAGAGAAGCAGCGCAGCGACUAUGCCCGCGAGCUGGAGGAGCUGAGUGAGCGGCUGGAGGAGGCGGGAGGGGUCACCUCCACCCAGAUCGAGUUGAAUAAGAAGCGCGAGGCCGAGUUCUUGAAGCUGCGCCGGGACCUGGAGGAGGCCACCCUGCAGCACGAGGCCACGGUGGCCACCCUGCGGAAGAAGCACGCGGACAGCGCGGCCGAGCUGGCGGAGCAGAUCGACAACCUGCAGCGCGUCAAGCAGAAGCUGGAGAAGGAGAAGAGCGAGUUCAAGCUGGAGAUCGACGACCUCUCCAGCAGCGUGGAGAGCGUGUCCAAAUCCAAGGCCAAUCUGGAGAAGAUAUGCCGAACUCUGGAGGACCAGUUAAGUGAGGCCAGGGGCAAGAACGAGGAGACCCAGAGGAGCCUGAGUGAGCUGACCACGCAGAAGUCCCGGCUGCAGAGCGAGGCGGGUGAGCUGAGUCGCCAACUGGAAGAAAAGGAAAGCAUAGUAUCUCAGCUUUCCAGGAGCAAGCAAGCCUUUACUCAACAGAUAGAGGAGCUCAAGAGGCAGUUGGAGGAAGAGAGCAAGGCCAAGAACGCGCUGGCCCACGCCCUGCAAUCCUCCCGCCACGACUGUGACCUGCUGCGGGAGCAGUAUGAGGAGGAGCAGGAAUCCAAGGCUGAGCUGCAGAGGGCGCUGUCCAAGGCCAACAGUGAGGUGGCCCAGUGGAGGACCAAAUAUGAGACGGACGCCAUCCAGCGCACGGAGGAGCUGGAGGAGGCCAAAAAAAAACUCGCUCAGCGUCUUCAGGAUUCGGAGGAGCAGGUUGAGGCCGUGAAUGCCAAGUGUGCUUCCUUGGAGAAGACCAAGCAGAGGCUACAAGGGGAGGUGGAGGAUCUGAUGGUGGAUGUGGAAAGAGCCAACUCUCUGGCGGCUGCUCUGGACAAGAAGCAGAGGAACUUUGACAAGGUGCUAGCUGAGUGGAAGACCAAGUGUGAGGAGAGCCAAGCAGAGCUGGAGGCAGCUCUCAAGGAGUCCCGAUCCUUGAGCACGGAGCUCUUCAAGCUGAAAAAUGCCUACGAAGAAGCCUUGGAUCAACUGGAAACCGUGAAAAGGGAGAAUAAGAACUUAGAACAAGAGAUAGCGGAUCUCACUGAACAAAUUGCGGAGAAUGGUAAAAGCAUCCACGAGCUAGAGAAAUCCAGAAAGCAGAUGGAGCUGGAAAAGGCUGAUAUCCAGAUGGCACUGGAGGAAGCAGAGGCAGCCCUUGAGCACGAAGAAGCCAAGAUCCUCCGAAUCCAGCUAGAACUGACCCAGGUGAAAUCAGAGAUUGAUAGAAAGAUUGCAGAGAAGGAUGAGGAAAUUGAGCAGCUGAAGAGGAACUACCAGAGGACCGUGGAGACCAUGCAAGGUGCCCUGGACGCUGAAGUGCGCAGCAGGAAUGAGGCCAUCCGGCUCAAGAAAAAGAUGGAGGGCGACCUCAAUGAGAUUGAGAUCCAGCUGAGCCAUGCCAACCGCCAGGCUGCAGAGACCCUCAAGCACCUCCGGAGUGUCCAGGGACAGCUGAAGGACACCCAGCUGCAUCUGGAUGACGCUCUCCGGGGCCAGGAGGACCUGAAGGAGCAGCUGGCGAUCGUAGAGCGAAGAGCUAACCUGCUGCAGGCUGAGGUGGAGGAGCUGCGGGCCACGCUGGAGCAGACAGAGAGGGCCCGGAAGCUGGCAGAGCAGGAGCUGCUCGAUUCCAAUGAGAGGGUGCAGCUGCUGCACACCCAGAACACCAGCCUCAUCCACACCAAGAAGAAGUUGGAGACAGACCUCACACAGCUCCAGAGUGAGGUGGAGGAUGCCUGCAGGGAUGCAAGGAACGCAGAGGAGAAGGCCAAAAAGGCUAUCACUGAUGCCGCCAUGAUGGCGGAGGAGCUGAAGAAGGAGCAGGACACCAGCGCCCACCUGGAGCGGAUGAAGAAGAACCUGGAGCAGACGGUGAAGGACCUGCAGCACCGUCUAGACGAGGCUGAGCAGCUGGCGCUGAAGGGCGGCAAGAAGCAGAUCCAGAAACUGGAGACGCGGAUCAGAGAGCUGGAGUUUGAGCUGGAAGGGGAACAGAAAAGGAACACGGAGUCUGUGAAGGGCUUGAGGAAGUAUGAGCGUCGGGUCAAGGAACUCACGUACCAGAGUGAGGAGGACAGGAAGAAUGUGCUGAGAUUGCAGGAUCUUGUGGAUAAACUGCAAGUGAAAGUCAAGUCCUACAAGAGGCAGGCUGAGGAGGCUGAUGAACAAGCCAAUGUUCAUCUCACCAAAUUCCGGAAAGCCCAGCAUGAGCUGGAGGAGGCCGAGGAACGUGCUGACAUUGCAGAAUCGCAAGUCAAUAAACUGCGGGCUAAGACCCGGGACUUCACCUCUAGCCGGAUGGUGGUCCACGAGAGUGAGGAGUAAGCGAGCCCUCCUGACACAGGGCAGAAGAUAUGCAGAAUGUGUAUUUUCACAGCUCCUGACAACAGACCUUAGUUUCCACGUGACUCUUUUCCACAUGCAAUAAAAUUGGCCUUGUUUUCAA